AUGGGCAAGGGCAACGCCGGCGUGGGCGAGCUCAGCAACAAAGUCAAAGCAAUGAGGUCGUCUGGGCCCACGCAGGAGCAAGCGGCAACCAUGAUCGCGCUGGCUCGCGCCGAGCUCAAGGAGGGGCAGUACGACGAGGCAACAGAAGUGGCGAAAGAAGCCCUCAGACUAUUGCGGGAUCUGGGUGUUGGAGCCCUCAUCCAGCCUGGGGACUUCAAAGGCCAAGCGGCAAAGCCCAAGAUGCUGACGCCGCAGGAGGCGCGCGACCGCGAACGCAACCUCCGCCCUGUGCGGGAAAAGAUGCUCCUCUUCCGGGAGAUUGGCGUCCCAGAGGAGGAAAUCCAAGCUAUGAUCGAGGCCAUGCAGGCUGGGCCAUAUGAGGGCGACACGGACCUGGUGAAGGCAGCCGAGGCGCACUGCCAGCACGGCCACUACUCCAAAGCACUCGAGGCGGCAACAAAGGCAGUCGACAGCUUCAAAGCCGCCAGCGACAAAGCAGGGGUUCCGAAGUCAUUCCUGUCCUCAGCCAUCCGAGUGGCUUGGCAGUGGGCAGAAACGGCACGGGAGAGCGACCAAUACUCGUGA